AUGAACGCCUUCUUCAGUUCUAAUCCAGACCGGAAUAUUCUGAGGGGGCAAUCUUCCCGUCAAGGUGGAAGGCAUAGAGCUGUUACCAGAAAUAUUACUGCAACAAGGUGGCCAACACCAGAGGAAGCUGUCGGUAUGACCAUUUCUGAAGCGACAGAGGAGACUGUUAGGGCUAAUGAGAAAGCAUUCCUUUCGACGUGGGAUCACAAGGUAUUUAUAGUAUCAAGCGCCUUUGCCACAUUAGUUGAUCCUCUCUACCUUUACACUUAUAUCGUGAAAGACGAUUGGAAGUGUUUGACGUGGGACGACAGAUUGGUCAUAACUUUUCUGGCUCUACGAACAGCCACAGAUCUCGUUUAUAUGGCGGACUUUGUUCUGUAUGUUAUAUAUCUGCGGCGAAUCCGUCGUAAGUUAAAGGUUUUGAGAGUUCCUUCGAAACAAAAGAGACACGACUUCUGCACACUACUGCUUCGUUUGUACACUGCUCUGCCCAUUGCACAGACGAUGACACAGUCUUUCAUUCUUCUUCCUACCUUUCCAGUUCAAUACAUGCUAAGAGUAUAUCGCAUUUAUCGGCCGCUCAGGCUACGUCCUAACGUAGAGACUGGAGUAGGAAGAUGGCUUAAAGCUAUCCUGGAUUUUUUCCCAUUUGUCCUUGCAGCUCAUCUAUAUGGAGCUUUAUGGUACAUUCUUGCUGUUCAUCAAGAGAUUGAUUGUUGGAAAUUUUCUUGUCAGAAUCUACAAUGCGCUGUUACGUCAUCUUCUUAUUACUGUAACUAUGAAGAUUCUUUAAAAGUUAAUAUCACCGUUCUUAACAUAAUGAACGAAUUAUGCGCAGCAAAUUCAACUACUUUCGAUUUUGGUAUAUAUCUUUAUGCUUUUCAGUCUGGAAUGACAAGGUCAAGAGAUGUUCCACGAAAGAUGUUGCAAGGUUUUUGGUGGGGUCUACAAAAUUUGAGUUCUUUUGGUUCAAACCUUCGAACCACAUUCAUGUUCGCUAAGAACCGCAGCACCAGUUUCAAUUUGAUGGAAAUCUUCUUUUCGAUUCUCCUAUGUAUAAGUGGCAUAGUGCUAUUUUUGAUAUAUCUCAAUGAAAGGGUGCAGGUAUCGAAAAAAAUAUCAAAAGAACUUAAACUGAGACGAAAGAUGCAAAAGUUGAAUCCAGAAAUAGAUCUAUGGUUAACGAAAAACACCCUCCCUAAAAGUUUGAAGAUGGGAAUCAUGAAAAAUAUGCGCCAAAAGCUUGAAGAAAACAAUCAUUUUGAUGUCACCGCCAUCCUCUCUGUUCUUCCCUUAAGAGAUAGAAGAGAUAUCAUGAGCCAUCUUCGUUUGGCUUCACUUAAAAAAUUGCCAGCGUUUGAAAAUAUGGAUGAACGAGUAAUGAAAGCAAUAUGCGAGCAUCUCAAACCAGUCAUAUAUGCUGAAGACAAAUAUAUUUUUCGAGAAGGAGAACCGUUGGAGCAGAUGUUGUUCAUCACACAAGGCACUGCAUGGACUUACACAUCUAUUAGUAAUAACAGUGUCCAUGAAAGUUCAAAUUGUUCCUCAGUCAUCAGGUGCCUUGAGAAAGGUGAUUUCUUCGGAGAAGAGAUUCUAGAGUGGGCAACAAACCUCAAAUCAUUCUCAGACUUCCCUGUCUCGAGAAAAGUUGUCAAGUCCCAAACAAAAGUUGAAGCAUUUGCAAUCAGAGCAAACGACUUAAAGAGUGUUGUUUGUAAAUUCUGGUGGCACUUUUCUAGUAGAGAGCUCAUGCAAUUGAAUGAUCCUCAUUCUCGGCGAUGGCAACAUUUGGCCGCAUCUUCCAUACAAGUGAAAUGGCGACUUCGUCAUGCAAGCCGGCUGGUUACAUAA